CAUCUUCCCGUGAACACAAAUUAAACUUCAGGAAGAGCAAGGAAGCAUGUUUAAGUUACAUUCAGGAUGCUGUGCUACAAAAGCAGUGGAAAAAGGCUGCAGAGUUUCUGUCCUUCUAUGUUGAGUCACUAGAGAAAGACUUUUCUCGAGAACCUGUGAAUCCAUCAGAGAUUAUUUGGAGGAUGGGAACUGAAAUUUUGUGCCAUCAUUCUCAUAGCAGUACGAAAGAGUUCAACUCUUUCAUAGAGCAGAUGAAAACUUUAGGAGUGAAAAGGUAUUUGAAGGUUUGCUUAGAGCACACCUUUCAUCUCCUUUGUAACGGACUCGUAGAUGAAGCUUACCAAAACCUGUGCCAGGCAGAGAGCUGGAGGUUUGGAGAACAAACAGCCAUUCAGGCUAAAGAAAUGAAGCUGAUUCAGGCUUACAGGGCACUGUUGGACUACUAUAGUUGGUCUAAGCAGAAGAACAUCCUGUUAGAGCAUGGUGAGGAUGCAUUUGAAGACUUGUCUGUUGAACAGGAAAUGCACAGUUGCUUUCGGAAGGCAGCAGUGAACUUAAAGGAGAUUAUUAAAAUACCUGGAGUCUGGGAUCAAUUUGUGAAAUGCUAUGUGGAUUUGUUGGAGUUCUACGGAGACCAUAACGAAGCCCGCCAAGUGUUAAAUGAAUAUGCCUACAACUCAAAGUUCCCUGCUAACCCCAAUGCUCAUGUUUACCUCUACCAGUUCCUGAAGAGACAUGGCGAAUCAAAGAAGGCGCUUGUAUCUGCACUGAAGAUCUUGCACGAUAUUGUUCCUUCUCAUGAACUGAUGAUAGAUUUUAAUACCAUGCUUCAAAAAUCAAAGAAAAGAAAAAAACGUCGCCUGGGGCUAGAAGUUAUUUUUGCAGCCUUGGAUUAUGCUGGCUGGAAGGAAAAUGUAAAAGCGUGGAGCUGUUUGGCAAGACAGGUGAAACAAAUUGUAAUUUCUGAGAAGCAUCUUGACUGGAUCAAGCAAGAGUGGAACUCCAGAAAGGACUGGUGGCCAGCCUUCCAUUUUAGCCAUUACUUGGCAAAAAGGAAUUGGCAGGAAAGCGAAAGCCUUUCUUACGAAAAAGCUCUGGUGGCUGGAAUCUUACUGGGAAAGGAUUGCAAGUACUUCAAAUAUGUAUCACACCAAGGCUGCAAAGCUCAGGUGAAGAGGUUUCGGAUACUGAAGAAGUUUGUGAAUAAGCACAAUCUUGUCUAUGUGAGAAUAUCUGGUCUUUCAGAUUCCUCUGUACAGCCUUGAUGAGAAGGCAUCCUUAAGGUUCUUGCUGUACUGCUUCCUCUGUGAAA